GGGGGGGGUAAUGUGUCACAUUUUUUAACUCUUAUGCACACAUGCUUGUAGCGUUAUGUGAAUGAAUCAGUGCAUUGUGCAGGUAUGAGGUCCCACCUGUUGGCACAUCUUCUCUAUCUGCUUCUGGCAGCAGGGAGAGAUGUCACAGGGAAGGAGGUAGACAGGAAGCCCAACUUUGUUCUGAUGAUGGUGGACGAUCUGGGCAUCGGUGAUGUAGGAUGCUACGGUAAUGACACCAUCAGAACUCCUAACAUAGACAGACUUGCUUCUGAAGGGGUAAAGUUGACUCAGCACAUUGCAGCUGCUCCUCUCUGCACCCCGAGCCGGGCCGCAUUUAUGACGGGGCGCUAUGCACUCCGCUCAGGACUGGGUAGCACAGGCCGUGUGCAGGUUCUGCUGUUCCUUGGAGGUUCAGGGGGGCUGCCACCCAGUGAGACCACCUUUGCUAAAAGGCUACAGCAACACGGAUACACCACCAGCUUAGUGGGUAAGUGGCACUUGGGUUUGAACUGUGAACACAGAGGUGACCACUGCCACCAUCCGAACCAGCAUGGCUUCAGUUAUUUCUAUGGUCUGCCAUUCACCCUGUUCAAUGACUGUGUGCCCGGACAGGGGAGUGAUAUCCUGGCAGACCUCCAGCACGCACUACGAAAUCUGACCAUGUUGCUUGUAGUUGGACUUUUUACACUGGUAAAGGUGUGUGUCCAUGUGUGUGGCCUCUUUGAAGUCAGCCUGUGGCUAUUUGUAGCACUUUUUUUUCUCAGUAUCCUAGCAACCGCUGUGUGGUGUAUGCCCUUUAAACUCCUGCCGACUUGGAACUGCAUCAUCAUGAGGAACCAAGAAGUAACUGAACAGCCAAUGACAGUGGAGACACUGCCCCAGAGGUUGCUGGGAGAAGCACAAAGCUUUAUAAAGAGGAAUGUUGAUAAUCCAUUCCUCCUAUUCUUCUCAUUGGCCCAUGUCCACACACCACUUUUUAAAACCCCUGCCUUUGCUGGCAAAAGUCGCCAUGGUCGCUACGGUGAUAACCUAGAAGAAGUUGACUGGAUGAUCGGUAAAAUCACAGAGACGGUGGACUCCCUUGGCCUAGCCAACAAUACUCUGAUGUACUUUACAUCAGACCAUGGUGGACACCUAGAGGAUGCUGAUUCCAUCAUCGGCCAGAAAGGAGGCUGGAACGGCAUUUAUAAAGGUGGAAAAGCCAUGGGAGGGUGGGAGGGUGGGAUCAGGGUGCCUGGUAUUUUCCGCUGGCCUGGCAGACUGGCAGCUGGAAGAGUAGUGGAUGAGCCCACUAGCCUCAUGGACCUGUAUCCAACACUGAAAUAUUUGGCCAAGGACACACAACCAGACAGACAAUCAGAUGGCUAUAACCUCAUGCCACUGUUGGAGGGGAAGGUAGACCGAUCAGAGCAUGAAUUUAUGUUCCAUUACUGUGGAAUCUACCUGAAUGCAGUACGCUGGCACCCACCUGGAAGUGACUCCCUCUUCAAGGUGCACUUUUUCACUCCCAACUUUUCUCCCCCGGGAGCCGGGGGAUGCUAUGACACGAAGGUCUGUCUAUGUCAUGGAGAUCAUGUGACGCACCACAGCCCCCCACUGCUGUACGACCUUUUCCACGAUCCCUCAGAGUCCCGCCCACUGACACCUGAUACUGAGCCGAGAUACGCUGAAAUCCUCGAGCAGACUGCCAAAGCUGUGGAGAGACAUCGAAAUACCCUCACAAACAAGCAGGCAUCUGAUGAUACUCAUUCGCACCCCAACGCAGAUGUGCCCAGCGUUCAAAGCCAGAUGACAUGGGACAAGAUUCUGUGGAGACCCCGGCUUCAGCCCUGCUGUGGGACUUUUCCAUUCUGCGGCUGCAAGGAGGAACCAACCCAUAUUUAAGGGAAAAAGUCCACCACACGGUCCUAAAAAGUUGCAAAAAAACAAAAACAGCUUGUGUUUGGUAAAGCUCCUCUGGACUCUACAGCAGAGUUAUCACUUUUUUCAAGAAUAGCUCAGGGUACAUUUAGGAGCUUUUAAAUUGAUUGAACAAUGCAAUUAAUUGUAACUAAGUUUGAAAUGUAGACCAUAAAGUCCAUAUCACUCGAUGGUGUUUUAAGCCCCCAACAUCGACUUCAAGGCAGCGCUGCGACCGUUGACUUCAAGGCACCUAACCCUAACUCUAACCAUUGCCUUUCAGGCAGCGCUGCCUGGAAGAUGACGUUGGGGGCUUAAAACACCAAACACCGUCCAUAUCAUGUAGUGAAAUUAAAAUAAACAACACACCAAAUUUAGUCAAAAUUGACUAAACUUAUAUUAUAAUGAAGUCACCCAAAAUCGAUGGAAAGUACUGAAACUGAUCAAAAUUAAAUGAUUGAACAAUGCAUUGACUGCACUAUACAUGGAGUAAGUGCAUUGAAUGAAUGCAAAAGUGCCAAAAAAAGAUGCAUCUUCGCUUACAUGAAGGGGAAGUGUUUUAUUUCAUGUGUAUCAUUUAUUAUUGAUGGAUCUGUUCAGUUGGUGCUCUUAAUUCUUACAAUAACUAGUUUAGUUAGUAACAUAAUAUCAGUGCUUUAAAUAUGUGUGACAAUAAAAUGGCUAUUCAAAAUAA